AUGUAACUGCACUAGCCCAUAUUUGAACACUCAUUCAAUCUUCUUGUCUUGAUUCUUCUUCAUAGAAUUCAAAACCUUUCUCUCUCCAAUCCUUUCUUCAGAUACGAACGAAUCCCACACGACGUACAAUUUUCAACCUUUUCUUCAUUGUCACUGAUGAUCAAAGGAACAGUUCUAGCCAGAUUGUACUGAUUUUGGACUGGUAGAGAAGAAGAAGAAGACGAAGGAGAUAUACGUCGAUUCAAGCCUUUUUGUAACUAAUUCAAGAGACAAACAAACCGUCACAUUUCAAGGAUCUAUAAUUUGUAAAGCAUCCGAGUUUUGUUGAGAGAUGAACACAAUGGGAAGACAUCAAUCAAACCACCAGAGAUCUGGAUCAUCUACGGCGCAUCAUCAGCGACAAUACUCUGAAAACUUCUUAGACUCUUCCAACGACAGAUGGCUUCAAUCGGCGGGACUUCAACAUCUUCAGUCUUCGAAUUCUCCUACUAUUGGUUCACUUCAGGACUUCGGUUACUAUGGCGCUGGCAGUGGCAGUGGCAGUUCGAGAAUUUACAGGAAUCCGCAGAGGACUUACAGCGGAGGGAGUGAUCUUUUUCAGGAACCGCCUUCCACACCUCCUAGAAAUUCGGGACUAUCGAGUCAGAGAAAGAACGGGGAUGAUCCAGAAUCUCCGAAUGAAUUUAGUCCAGGAUUACUAGAUCUACAUUCAUUUGAUACCGAGCUGCUUCCUGAGAUGCCUUCAUUGGGCCUUUAUGAUGUCCCCUCUCUGUAUCGCUCUGUACGGGGACAAAGCUUUGAUGAUGCUGAAUCAUAUAUGGUUAAUAACAGCAAACCGUCAAUGAGGGCUCGUGCUGCACCAGAGAACAUUGUUUAUAAAAGCUUUGCUGUAGAUAAAGAUAAAGGAAGUAAUGUUGCCAAAAUUAAAGUUGUGGUGCGAAAAAGACCCUUAAACAAGAAGGAGCUAGCUAAGAAUGAGGAGGAUAUUGUAACCAUAGAGUCACGUUCCAAUUCUUUGACAGUUCACGAGACUAAGCUCAAGGUUGACCUGACAGAAUAUAUGGAAAAACAUGAAUUUGUUUAUGAUGCUGUGCUGAAUGAAGAAGUUUCAAAUGAUGAAGUUUAUCGUGAAACUGUGGAGCCCAUAGUUCCUAUAAUUUUUCAGCGAACAAAAGCAACUUGUUUUGCUUAUGGUCAAACAGGUAGUGGAAAAACCUUUACCAUGAAGCCUUUGCCUCUUAAAGCAUCCCGAGAUAUUCUGAGGCUAAUGCACCAUACUUACAGGAAUCAAGGCUUUCAUCUAUUUUUCAGUUUCUUUGAAAUAUAUGGUGGAAAACUUUAUGAUCUCCUUAAUGACAGGAAAAAGCUUUGCAUGAGGGAGGAUGGGAAGCAACAAGUUUGCAUUGUUGGUUUGCAAGAGCACAAAGUAUCUGAUGUGGAGACAAUCAAGGAUUUCAUUGAGAGAGGAAACGCAACAAGAAGUACGGGCACAACAGGUGCAAAUGAGGAGUCGUCAAGAUCACAUGCUAUACUUCAGCUUGCAGUUAAGAGGUCUGUUGAAGGAAAUGAGUCUAAGCCACCUAGAUUGGUCGGAAAACUGUCUUUCAUAGAUCUUGCUGGAAGUGAACGUGGUGCUGAUACAACUGACAAUGAUAAACAGACGAGAUUGGAAGGUGCCGAGAUCAACAAAAGCUUGCUUGCACUAAAGGAAUGUAUAAGAGCACUUGACAAUGAUCAAAAUCAUAUCCCUUUCAGAGGAAGUAAACUAACUGAAGUCCUCAGGGAUUCAUUCGUAGGAGAUUCUAGAACUGUCAUGAUUUCCUGCAUCUCUCCUAAUUACGGUUCCUGUGAACACACUCUCAACACCUUACGAUAUGCUGAUCGGGUGAAGAGCCUUUCAAAAGGUAAUAAUUCCAAGAAAGAGACAACAGUGAAUGUUAAGGAAUCAAUCAUCGCUCCACCUCUUUCGUCGGUUUACCCCUCUGGAUCAUCCUACGACGAUACAUGGUCCGAACAAGUUCAUCGUAGGGAAGUGUAUAAUGCUUCUCAAGAUUUUCAAGAACCAUCAUGGAUGAAGAACGUGAAAGUUGAGUCAUCAAAUGUUUCAAAUAUAGAAGAUAAUAGAAUUACAAGGAAAGUCAAUAACAACAAUACGAAAGUGAAAGAUGUGAAGAGAGUUGACCCGGAGAUAUGUUAUGAUAAUGGGGAGGAUGAGUUGAAUGCUCUAUUAAAGGAGGAGGAGGAUCUCGUGAAUGCCCAUCGUAAGCAAGUGGAGGAAGCGAUGGAUAUAGUUAGAGAGGAAAUGAACCUUUUGGUGGAAGCAGAUAAACCGGGGAAUCAGUUGGAUGACUACAUAUCAAGACUAAACGCUAUAUUAUCGCAGAAAGCUGCUGGUGUUUUACAACUACAAAACCGAUUGGCUCGUUUUCAGAAACGUUUGAAGGAGCAUAAUGUGUUGGGUUCAUCGGGGUACUAGGCGGUUUUCAAACAAAUAUUGGUUGUAAGUAGAGAGUAUAAUAUGAAAUAUGAUGAUAUAGUCAAUUAUUUGAUUUGUGUUGUGUUUGUGGGAUAUUUUUUUAAGGAUAAUGUAACAAACUAGGGUGGU